AUGCCGCUGUGCUGCGCCCUCUGCUACCCCAUCUCUGAUUCGCUGUGCUGCAGAGAGUUCCAAGAGCUCAUCUCUGCGCGCACCCUCACCCCGCCUGGACGCCUGCCCGCCGACAUCGCUGCCUUCACCGCCCUCCAAGUCCUGAACCUGGCCGGCCAGAACCUCUCGGGCCCCAUCCCCACGGACGCAUUUCGCAACCUCACCUCUCUCCAGGAACUCGAUCUCUCCUCCAACCCUUUGAGCGGCAGCAUGGAGUUUCUUGCCUUCCUGCCCGCCUUGCAACACCUGUACGCCCCCGUUCCUCUCAACUUCACUUCUCCUUGUGUACUGGAUCCCCUUUUGAAAUCUUUCAAGAUCUCAUGCAUGCGCACUCAACCGCCCAUCUGUCCUCCCCUCCCCACACACGGCAGCGAUCUGCACGCCACUGAGCUGACUGGGGAGAUCCCCACUGCCCUCGGCAAUGCCACCGCCCUCUCGUACCUAUCCCUCGCCUACAUCAACCUCACUGCAGCAGAGCUCCAUGCCUCUCUCUCCGCCCUCACCAGACUCGCCCACCUGUUGGGCUGUAAAGCACCCAGCGGCCUCACCCCCGCCCGCUCCUCGCCCUUUCCAGCCGAAUGGACGGCUCUCACUAGCCUCAACACCCUGAGGGCAGCGGGCAACGGCUUCUCAGACUCCCUUUCCGCCGCCAUCUCCGCCCUCACCGCCCUCUCAGAGCUCUCGCUGAGCCACAACGCCCUGGAGGGCCCCUUCUCCGCCUCUCCUGCUGCCCCGCAACUCCUGGAGGUCAUGGACAUCAGCCACAACGCUCUUUCGGGCGGACAGGACGUGCUUGCACGCAUGACCAACAUCUCCACCCUCUUACACAUAUUGCCCUCCCCACCCUCACUUCCCACCCUCUUUCUUACCCUUCCUGCCCCCCCCUCCUUGCCCGUCCUCCUUUCCGCCCCCUCUGCCCUCCCUCCCCCCCUUGCCUGCCCUCUCUCUCCUCUCUGCAGCGACAUAUCCAACAACAGCUUCACGGGGCCCUUCCCCUCCGCCAUGCUUUCCGCACCGUUGUAUAAGAGGCUUGACAUCUCUCACAAUCAGUUCUCUGGAGUUGUGCCCCUUGCCGUCUUUACCCUGCCUUCGCUAACAGCCCUCUCCAUCGCUCACAACCAGCUGGAGGGCUCCCUGCCUGCCACCGGCCUCUCUGAGUACCUCAUUUCUCUGUACGCACGCACACAUGCCAUGCCGGGACUGCCUGCUUCUCGCGUUUCCACGCCCACGGCUGCUGCCUUCAGCCUCUUUGCUGCUGCUGCUCUCUCGCUCCUCGCGUUUGCGAUGAGAAGGGAAGGACAAACGUCUGUCAGCGAGCGGGACGCGGACGUGGCACCUGCUAUCCAAGGCAAUGGGAAGGCUGCGGUCAAGGAAGCUGAGGAGGAAGAUGGUUACCUCAGCGACGACCCUGAGGAGUGCCAGGACCCGGACGCAGUCAAUGACAUCGCGUCUCAGGCGGGGUUCGCUAUCACGCUACUUAUCCCGGCCAAGUGGAUCGAGGAGGUUCCGCGCACGAUGGAUACGGUGCGUGGACUUCUCCUGCUGUGGGAAGAGCAUCUGACGGAGAACGCGAAGAUCACAAUGAAGUGUCAUAAGCUCACGCCGGCGUGGCUCUCGAAGGAGCGCUUCGGCCGGAUCCAAGUGGUUUUCGAGCGCGCGACAGACGCCAAUUUCAUGUGGAGCAGGAAGGUGGAGCAUGUGACGAUGAACAAGCUCAGACUGACGCUCGGAUGGCUACACCCGGAAAACCAGGAGUACCUGAAGGAGCGGUCGUCGAAGUUGGAUGCCAUUGAAGUGCUGCUGAAAAACGUUCCGGCUGUCAUCACGCCAGAAAUGGUCCGGAAGAGUCUGGUGACGGUGCAGCUGCUGAAGCGCAAACGCACGGCUUUCCUGGAGGGUUCGGCCUUCCACAGAGUGGUGGAUCGGGUGACAGGGUCGGACACGGAUAAGAUAAAGGGGUUGGUGUACCGGCACCCCGGGGAUAAGUUGCUGCAGCCGCAGAAGAUCCAGCUCACCUCUGUACCAUCUCCCCUCCGAGCAGCGGCCUCCCUGAAGCUGACCUCAGCUACAAAGGCCAUAAUGGAAGACCCGGCGAUGGUCUUCACCUCUACCAACGGCGCGCGGGAGGAGUGGCUCUGUGUCCAGGAGGGGUGCGGGAAGGCCCACGGCGUCAGUUUUGCGAAGGCGGCAGAGCACGCGGCCUCGGUUAUGCACUGCACCGAGCGCCUCAAGGCGGGAUCGGCGACACGCCAGAGCAGGGGGAAGAUGAACCUCCUGGCGGUCAAGAGAGAAUUCGGGAUGUGA